AUGGACGGUGCUGCCGGACAUGCCGACACCACGGUCGGCAAGUGCUGCGGCGGUAAGCGUGCCCAGCGUCGUCGUGGUAGUCGGUGGGUGGGUGUGACGGGUGUGUGCGUUUCUCCUCAAACAUCAGCGCGGAACUGCUCGCCGGCUGCUCCUGGACCCGCCUGGUCCCCAUGCUCGACGACGCACGGCUGUGCCUGCCUCGGCGUGGCCUUUUUCCAAAGCCGCCGCGUCUUAGUCGCAGGAUUGAACCCUGGUGACCUUCAUGCCGGUCAGUGGACAGGACUCGUUACGCCCCAAUAUCUAGAUGCGUCGUGGCCCAAUUCUCUUGCCGUAUUUCAGGAACGACUGCUCCAAGUAGUAAAAUUUGGUGUGGUGGUUUUGGCACGAGGUGGCACGUGUCGGGUGGGGACUGUGUUCUCAGGCAGGUCUGUUGUCAAACCAGCAGUGUGGCGUGACUCGUCGGCGCCGGUCUCCAGAGCAAAUCGUUCCGGUUGCAGUAAUUUGCUUCGAAGUGACGCGUUGACUCAGCAAUCCCAGAACUUACAAAUCAGGCAAAACCACAUCUUUGCUAGCUUGGACCCCUCAUCAACUGCUAGCCCUCGUGAACCCUCGAUCAGACCACGAACGAGGCGAGACAGCGCCUCCCACCCAGCGACCACCUUCAAGCGACCACCGUGGCCGCCGCCACGUGAGCAUCACGCAGGGUUGGUGGUAAGGGGCCAGUGCAUUGAAAAAAAGCCCGUGACGUCAGCGUCCUGUGCGUCGUCAUGUGUGCGUGUAGUGGCCGCUGCUGGCCAAGGCACAUACCUGGGCUGCGAGCUCAUUUAUCAGGCCAUCCAGUCAGGGCUGGACCACUUCAUCAGGUCAAAUCUUCGUCGAAAUGUCGCACAUCGUCAGCAAAACGACCAUUGUCAGAGUGUGCGAUUCGUCGUCGUCGUCGUCGUCGUCAAAGAUGGCUGCCGAUUAGAGUUGUUCGGGGCGGUGACGCCGUUAACCGCGUCAAUGGUGGCCACCGACCGAUUGUCCUCGGAGUUGCCGCUACGAAGCGAACGUUCCACCAUCUUCGUCGUGAACGCCUCCAGAAUGUCCGUGUGCUUGGCCAUGUCCGUGCCCAAAAUGCACCUGAGGAAGCAGAAGGGAUCAAUCAGGUUACGUGCCUGA